AUGUUGGCGUCCCUCUGUCUUUUCGUCUUGCUGGUAGUCUCGUCGUCCUAUGGAGGACACCGGCAGGACACUUUGGCCGACGAGGAGCUCGCUCGGGACCGGCAACCUUCGAAAUGGGGCUCUUUGUGGCCUCUACCGCAACGAGUGAACACUUUCGAUGUGUCAUUUAAGUUGGCAGCUGCCAGCUUUCAAAUCUUCGAUGGCAAAGCUUCGUCUGCGGGGCCGAGCUGUAACCUCCUUCAAAACGCCUACCGGAGGUACUAUAAGUACAUUUUUGGUGGAAUUAAAACCAAAUGGCCAUCACAAGACAAGUGGACUGACUUUCCUCAACUGAGUGGACUGCAAGUGUUGAUCACAGACCCAGAUUCGGAAUGUGACCUGUACCCCAGCGUUACGUCCGACGAGUCAUAUGAACUGUUGGUGGUUCAACCCUUUGCCAUCCUGAAGGCACCAAAAGUCUGGGGCGCCUUGCAUGGUCUGGAAACGUUCAGUCAGUUGGUGUAUGAGGAUGAAUUCGGUGCUAAAAGCAUCAAUUGGACGGAAAUCGUCGAUUUCCCCCGAUUUGCACACCGAGGUCUCUUGCUGGAUAGCUCACGACACUUUAUACCUGUCAAAGUUAUUCUGGCCAAUCUGGAAACCAUGGCAAUGAACAAGUUUAAUGUGUUCCACUGGCACAUCGUCGAUGAUCCAUCAUUUCCGUACAUGAGCAAGACAUUCCCGGACCUCAGUCAGAAGGGGGCGUAUCAUCCCUACACGCACGUAUACACGCCGUCUGACGUGAAGAUGAUCAUCGAGUUCGCUCGCCUGCGAGGCAUUCGAGUCAUCCCGGAGUUUGACACGCCGGGUCACACGCAGUCUUGGGGCAAAGGACAGGCAGAUCUUCUGACGCCGUGCUUCGCCGGCUCCAAACCGUCGGGCAGCUUCGGCCCGGUCAACCCUAUCAUCAACUCCACCUACGACUUUAUGAGCCGACUCUUCCAGGAGGUUGCCGGCGUUUUCCCGGACGACUACGUUCACCUGGGAGGCGAUGAGGUGGACUUCAGCUGUUGGAAGUCUAACCCUGAUAUCCAGAGGUUCAUGGAGCAGCAUGACUUUGGGAAAAACUACAGCAAACUGGAGUCUUUCUACAUCCAAAGACUUUUGGACAUUGUGGCCUCCACCAAGAAGGGCUACAUCAUUUGGCAGGAGGUUUUCGACAAUGGCGUGAAGCUGAAGGCAGACACACUCAUCCAUGUGUGGAAAGGCACCAAGCAGCAAUACCAGAAUGAGAUGGCCAACGUCACCGCGUCGGGUUACCAGACCUUGCUCUCCACCCCCUGGUACCUGAACCGUAUCGCCUACGGCCAGGACUGGCGGGGUCAUUACACGGCCGACCCGCAGGACUUCCAGGGAACUGAAGCGCAGAAGAAGCUGGUGAUAGGCGGAGAAGCCUGCUUGUGGGGGGAGUACGUUGACGCCACCAAUCUUACACCGCGACUAUGGCCUCGCGCUAGCGCCGUAGCCGAGCGUCUAUGGAGCGCCAAGAACGUGACGGACGUCAACGACGCAUACGACAGGCUGUCCUCGCACCGGUGUCGCAUGGUGGAGCGCGGGAUCCCCGCCGAACCAUUGUUCACCAGCCACUGCCCACACGAGUAUAAGGGAAUCUGA